AUGCUACUCGCGGGCCUCUUGAUCGCAAUUAUUCACGGCGCCCUAUUCGCGAUACUCGAGUGGGGAACGUACACGAAGCCAGGAAUGCCGGUCCAUCACGAGGUGCAGGACGUGGAGGUCACGAAUGGAGAUGCAGGCAAAAAGGAUGCGAUCGAGAAGAUGGAGGAGAGGUGUUAUGAGGGCAAGAAGGAGGCUGCGAUGCUCGAGCAAAAGCUCGAUAGGGUGAAAGAGAGAUUAAGGCAGGUGGAGGCGAUGGCGGAGGGCAGGAUUGAGGGAGUGGCGGAGUCGGUAUAG